AUGAGCACGCCAGCGAAAAAGAAAGGAAAGUUUGCAACUGUACUCAGCAUAGAUGGAGGGGGAAUCAGAGGCAUCAUUCCCGCACAAAUACUCGCUUUUCUCGAAGCCAAACUUCAGGAAUUGGAUGGACCAGAUGCAAGAAUUGCGGAUUAUUUUGAUGUCAUCGCCGGGACUAGCACCGGUGGGCUAAUAGCCACAAUGCUCGCUGCCCCGAAUGGGGAAAACCGGCCACUUUUCGAGGCGAAAGACAUCGUGAAAUUCUACUUGGAUAAUUGUUCCCUGAUAUUUCCUAAGAGCAGUCGGGACAACAUUUUGAAAUCGUUGACUUACAACGUUUUUGGAGGGCCGAAGUACGACGGGAAGCAUUUGAGAGAAGUGAUAAGCAAAUUGUUGGGCAAUCUGACUAUAUCUCAGACAUUAACAAAUCUAGUCAUCCCGGCCUUCGAUAUCAGGCAUCUUCAACCUGUUAUUUUCUCUACCACAGAUGCCAAAAUGAAUGUGUGCAAAAAUGUUCUGCUGUCAGAUGUGUGCCUCAGUACUUCUGCAGCUCCAACUUAUCUUCCACCACACUAUUUCGAGACCAAGACUGCAGAAGGAAAGCCCUACACUUAUGAUAUGGUUGAUGGUGGAGUCGCGGCUAAUAAUCCCACUUUAAUGGCUAUGACGGACAUUACAAGACACAUCUACGAUGGGGAGUUUCAAAUGGUGGAUCUGAAUCCAAUGGAAGGCAGUAGAAUGCUAGUGUUGUCACUUGGCACCGGAAUUCCCAAACAUGAGGAAAAAUACACCGUCGCUAAGGCCCGUAAAUGGGGUCAGCUUGGUUGGAUACUCCAAAAUGGCGACACUCCGAUUUUGGAUAUCUUCGCUGAUGCUAGUUCAGAUAUGGUGGAUAUUCAUGUUUCCACACUCUUCCAAGCGCUCCGAAUGCAGGAAAAUUACCUCCGAAUUCAGGAAGAUGAGUUAACUGGGGAUGCAGCGUCUAUGGACGUGGCGACUUCGAGGAAUCUGCAUACGCUGGCGGAAAUCGGGAGGAGUCGGCUGAAGAAACCGGUUUCGAGGGUGAAAUUGGAUGAUGGAAAAUUUGAGCCAACUCAAGGUGAGGGCACAAAUGAAGAAGCUCUGACCAGAUUUGCCAUGAGACUUUCAGAGGAGAGGAAAUUCAGGUUGUCUCCUAUUGACAGCUCCUAG